GCCAAGUCAGAGAAUUUCCCUCUGACGGGUCUUGAAGGGAAAUCAACACGCGCACAUUUGACGUCAAAUGGGUAAGAAGCGAACCCAUGCCGAAACCAAAGAUGGCUUUACGAAGUCAUCGCCGGAGAAGGGCGGGUUGAGUCGGAGGAAAGAGAAGUUUGAUAAGAGGAAAGAUGGAGAUGAGAAGGGCAAGGUGGCUACGCUGAUCUUCACUCCGCAGCCAGAAUGGCACGCCGUCAAGCUACCGGAGCUGCCUUCAAAAGACAACCCUGCGAUUCCGUCUCGAACAGUCAUCGACGCCAUACACGAAUACGCAGAUUCUCUUCUCCAAGCUGAGGCGACCACCUAUACUGAAUCGCAUAAGUCUAAGGACUCGUCGCAUAAGUUCAUGUCAACUAUCAUGGCAUCGGGAACCAUGGAGGAUAAAGUCUCGGCUCUCACACUCCUUGUUCAAGAGUCGCCGUUGCAUACAAUGAAGGCUUUCCAGCAGUUACUUGGUCUUUCUCAGAAGAAGAGUAGGAACGCUGCUUUGAUGGCGCUGUCUGCCUUGAAAGAUCUCAUGGGUCAGGGUGUGGUACUUCCACCGGAUCGAAAGCUCAAGGCCUUUGCACGACAGCCUGCCCUUUUGAGUGCUUUGCAGGGGAAAGCUGCGAAUUGGAAAGCCGGCGACAACCUCCCGGGUGACAUCCAGGACAUUCACUUGAUCGCCUGGGCUUAUGAGGACUGGCUGAAGAAGCAAUACUUCGAAAUGCUUCGCAUCAUCGAAUUCUGGUGCAACGACGAAGUACAAUACUCUCGAAGCCGCGCCUUGACCAUGAUAUGGGAACUCCUGAAGGAAAAGCCUGAACAAGAAGAAAAUUUGCUCCGGUUGCUCAUCACCAAGCUGGGCGAUAAGGAGAAAAAGGUUGCUUCGAAGGCGUCGCAUCUUCUUUUGAAGCUCCAGGAGAGUCAUCCACUCAUGAAAGGUGUCAUCAUUGAUUCAAUUGAAUCGGACCUUUUGUUCAAGCCUCACCAAAGCUCGCAUGCCAAGUAUUACGGAAUAAUCACACUCAACCUGACGGUGUUGAGUAUGAAAGAGCAGGAAAUUGCGGACAAGCUCCUUAAGAUAUACUUCAGUUUGUUUGUGAGUCUUUUGAAGAAGGAGAAAGAAAGAGAGCAUCAGGAGAAGAAGCUCAACAAAGACGGCCUUGUACAGGGAGGCGGGGGGAAACCCGGUAAGAUGGCCAAAAAGAAGGCUCUUAAACUUGCCACCCAAGCCUACAAGGUCGAGGAUGAGAUGCGAGAGAAGUUGAUUGCUGGCGUCUUGACUGGGGUCAACCGAGCGUUUCCGUUCGCCAAAACCGAUGAUGCAAAUUUCGAGGUCCAGCUGAAUACCAUCUUCGAAGUCACUCACUCGUCAAACUUCAACACCAGUAUUCAAGCAAUGAUGCUCAUCCAGCAAAUAUCUGUCACGAAGCACUAUUCCACAGAUCGUUUCUACCGCACACUUUACGAAUCGCUUUUGGAUCCGCGCCUCAUUACAACAUCAAAACAGAUUCUGUACCUCAAUCUCCUUUACCGUUCACUCAAGGCAGACGUGAGCAUCAAGCGCGUUCAAGCGUUUGUCAAGCGCCUGCUGCAGAUUAUCCAUUUGCACGAACCGCCAUUCAUCUGCGGUGUGUUGUAUCUCAUAAACGAGCUGAUUACUACGUUCCCUACCUUGAAGUUCAUGCUUUCAACUCCGGAGGAUAAUGCAUCCGAUGCUGGCGAAGAGCACGAUGAGGAGGGAACAGAAGAGUCAUCCAAGACUAAGGAUACCGAGAAGGGAAAACACACCGGCUAUGAUCCUCGCAAGCGAGACCCCGAGCAUUCCCAUGCCGAUCUAUCGUGUCUUUGGGAGUUGCUUCCAUUGCAGGCGCAUUAUCAUCCUUCGGUCAACGUUCUUGCAUCCAAAUUGCUCAACCAAGAACCUAUCAAAGAAAAGCCCGAUCCAACGAUAUAUACUCUCAUGAACUUCCUCGACAAAUUCUCCUUCCGCAAUGCCAAGGUGAAGGCUAGGGAUCACGGCACAUCGAUCAUGCAGCCCAUGUCGGGCACUUCGAAGGCCGCUGAUUACCUGAUCACUACACGCAACGGCGACAGACUCCAUGACUCGGUCAAUUCAGAAGCUUUCUGGAAGAAGAAGGCGGACGAUGUGCGUGUCGAUGAAGCCUUCUUCCAUGCCUACUUCGAGAAGGCUGGCAAGGCGAAGCAGCUCACAAAGAAGGAUAAGAAGAAGAAGAAGGACGAGGACGAUGAGAGCGAGAGUGGGGAGGACGAAAUUUGGAAGGCACUUGUCAAUAGCCGGCCUGACGUUGAGGGUGACGAUGACGAUGACGAUGCAGGUUUCAGUGACUUCGACAUGAGCGACGACGACGAGGCCGAUGGAGGCAUGGAUGCUGGUGUAGAGCUUAAUCUAGGAAGCGAUGACGAUGACGCUGGUACGGAGCCACAGAAGGAUGAUGCUGAUAUGGACGAUGAAGCGUUCGACUUGGACGAUGACGAAGCAUUCGUUGGCAGCGAUGAUGAGCUCCCGGCCGAUUUCGACUUGAAUGACGACACGGACAUUGAGGACCAUCCACCACCAAAGUCCAGGAAACAAGAAGACAAAGAUGGAGAUGACAAGCGGGGCAAGAAAAAGAGGAAGCUCAAGCAUCUCCCCACUUUCGCCUCCGCAGAAGACUAUGCCAAACUGCUUGGAGAUGAUGAUAGCGAGUAAAUGUAUCACAGGCGUUACGAGCAUUGGGUGUAGCACUUUGAUAUGCAUCCCAACAGGUAUAAUUAUUUUCCGCUUUCACUGUAGAUAUCCCCCACUUUUGUACUCGGAUCUGCCUUCUCAAGAAUCAUGCCGAGUGGUAUGUAUUGAAAAUUCAGACCAGUGCGUCAAAAUGUCAUUAGAUUCAACGAAGUAGUCCCGAAGCAUUCGUGAG